AUGGAGAUACUGUGUAUAAUCUGCUCUGAAUUUAUGACAAGUGAAGAAGACAUCAUCGUAACUCCAUGUGGACAUUGCUUUCAUGGUACAUGUAUUAAGAAUUGGAUCAAAAACUCAUACACUUGCCCAACUUGUCGUAAAACACUAUCCCAAUCGUCGCUCAUUAAAGUCUUUUUUGAGACUGAUCCAAGUCGAUUCCAUGCUCUGCAUAAUGAUUUAUUAAAGUCAAAUGAAAGCUUAACUAAGGAACUGGAUGAUAUUAAGGAUAAGUCACGAAAACAAGAAGCUGAAUUGCUGGAAAUAAAUGCAAAGUUCAGAGAUUCAAGUGACAGGAUUAAAAAACUUGAAAGAGAUAGACAAUUGGAUGAAAUGGCAUUAGCAGGACUUAGAAUGAUUAAGGACGAAUCAGUUAAGGAACAUAUGAAACUAAAUGCACAACUGAAUACAAUGAAGCUUGACUUGCUAGCCGAGAAGCAAUUAAGGCGUGUCCAUCAAACAACAUUACACAAACUUGAUCCUGGAAAUGAGAACUAUGAUAUUAAAAGUAUAGCAGUUGACGAACAUCCAGUAGAACAAACUGCUUCAAACUAUGACAUCACACCAUUUUGGCAGUUAAAUCCCGAAGCAGCUAAACCUGAAAAUGUUAAAAGUGAUCGUCCAUACUUAAUUCCCAGUAAAAUCCAGAAAGCCAAUGAUAUUAAAUUAAGCACAAAGAAAGCAGAAAAUCCAGUACCUAAAAAGCGAUCAUCAAGUCGAGAAGAAGCUGAUAAUGGACCAUCAACUAGUUCAAAUACAAUUCGAUUCUCAUUUGCAGAAAAUUCCAAUGCUCAAACCAGUGCACCUCCUAGUUCCUCGAUUGUUGAAAAUGCUGCUGCUCGACCAAAAUCUCCAUUUAAGUUUAGUUUUGGAAGUUCUUCUGGAUUCUCAUCGCUUUUUCGAUUUGGAGGUGAAUUUACAGCACCAGAGCCUUCUACAUCUCAACAGCCAGCAUCGAGCUCAAUAUCGAGUCGUUUGAAUUUAUAUCGUGACAAUAAUAAAGAUUUAUCAAAUCCACGAUCGUCUGAUAGGUAG